CUUGGAAAAAUCCCACUUGUCAUUGGCAUGCCUGUAAUGAUUAGUCAAAACUUCAAUGUCAAUGUGGGAAUUGUGAAUGGUUGUACAGGAAAAUUGAAGAGCAUUUGUUUUUCAGUUGAUGCAAAUGGUGAUCACCAUGCUACAUCAUGUGUCAUUGAUACUCCAUCUACUUCAGGCAAGCCCCUUCCUCAUCUUGAAGCUCAUCAAUCUGUUGUUUUGCCAGACACAGUUGACAUGUCAUUU